GUUGGCCCUUACAUAAAACCUACUCUUAAGCUCUCCUCGUGUUCAGUAGCUAAUACACUGAAGGUAGAUGAAAUUAUAUCAAUAUUAAGCUAUCCUGUGUUGGAUCAAUUUGUCGGUAUAUUUACCAGCCUCAGGAAACACAGACAGCAGCAGCAUUAUAAUGGCUAACAUAUCUGCUCACUUGGUUCAAUAUCGAGGUCUUUUCUUCAUGACCUUUAUCAUGGGCAUUGGGUGCCCCUUUCAGUAUGGUUACCAAAUGUCUGUCCUGAAUUCACCUUCUCCGUUCAUUAAACAAUUAAUCAAUGAGACUUGGAUAAGAAGAAAUGGAGCCAUGAUAACUCAGGGAACACAGACACUGAUCUGGUCAUUGAUGGUGUCAGUGUUUAGCAUUGGUUGUCUUAUUGGGUCGGUUUCAUCAGGAUACCUAAGUGGAAAAACUGGAAAGAAGAAAUGCCUGAUCUAUAGCUCUUCCCUGCCCAUAAUCAACACAGUUCUUAUGGGUGUGAGUCAGGCAGUGCACCUCUUCGAGUUGAUUCUCGUUGGACGUUUCCUCUGUGGCUUAUACGUAGGUCUCGGACUGAAUAUCCAUGCUCAGUACAUUGGGGAGAGUGCACCCAGAAAACUACUUGGCUUUUUCAAUACCCUGGCUCCCAUAUUUGUAACACUGGGCAAACUGUGUGGGCAGAUUGUUGGAAUUAGGGAGUUAUUUGGUACAGAAUUGAUGUGGCCCUACAUCCUGGUCCCCUGCGGAAUCACAUCCCUGGUCCAGCUGAUCACACUGCCUUUCUUCCCUGAAACCCCUCAUCACCUUCUGCAUGUCAGGGGUGACAAGGAAGCCUGUUUGAAAGCCCUGAAGCAACUGUGGGGGGACAGAGACCAUCAGGCAGAGAUGGAAGAAAUCAUAGAACAGCAAAGGGCCCAGAAGAAAACUGGAAACAUGAGCAUUUUGGAGCUGUUAAAGGACUCUUCCCAACGCUGGCAGCUCUAUUCUAUGAUUGGCUUGAUCCUCACCCUGCAACUUUCUGGUGUCAAUGCAAUUUACUUUUAUGCCUAUGAUGUGUUCCGAGCAGCUAACUUUCCACCUGACAAGAUCUCCUAUGUCUCCUUAGGAGUUGGGGCCUUUGAAUUUGUAUCUGCUAUGUUCUGUAGUCUGCUCAUUGAACGCUUUGGGAGGAAGUUUCUAAUUUUGGCUGGAUUUGGUCUUAUGUCUGUCAUUCUCGGACUUCUCAUAGUGACUCUUUCUUUGCAGGACUCCUACCUAUGGAUGCCCUACUGCAGUGUUGCUCUUGUUUUUUCCUUCAUUUUUGUGUUCGGAGCUGGCCCAGCUGGUGCCAUUUUCACUACCUGUGUUGAAAUCUUUGCACAAGUUCCCCGUGUUCCAGCCUUUGCUGUUUCUGGAGUGUUCAGCUGGGUAGGACUUUACAUCCUGGGAAUGAUCUUCCCAUAUCUGGUGGGGAGUCUCGGGCAGUUUUGCUUCCUCCUGUUUGUGGCAGUUUUGCUGAUAUCUUCCAUACUAACAUUCUUUAUUGUUCCUGAAACAAAAGGUAAAUCAAUAGCACAAAUUUCACAGGAAUUCAACAAGUUCAACUUUAGGAAAGAGCACAGGAAGACCAUAUGUGAAAACAAGGAGUACGUCCUUAGUACCAGAUUGUGAAGCUCUGAGCUGGGAGCUUCAGAUGAAAGGGAUGCGAGUGCCAGUGCACAUGGCUGUCACCCCAAAGCUAGACCUUGAAAGAAUGGACCGCUCCAACGCCAGAUCUGGGAUCAGCAAGCAGUCCUGGGGCUGUCCUCAAAUAGGGGCGGGGGGCUGAAUUUUGCUCUCAAGAAAGACCAGUCGUUGCUUAUCCCCAAAGUUACAGUGUGAUAUACAACUCUCCCUUGUGAUUGUUCCCACCUGUCUGUCAUGGAUCUCAUCCAAUAGCUGCCUUCAUAAGCCCUUCUCUGGAACCUCCCUCAAAGUGAAAUCUGUUGUAAAAAGUAGCUAAGCACUUUUCUGCCUGCCACAUCCCUGGCUGUGUGCCCCCCCCCCCACAUUCUUCCCUACUCUGUGUGUCCGUGCAGUUGUCAGUAUGCACAGUGGAGUGAGUCUGCUGUUGGAAUGACAGGCUAGUGCUACUGCAGUUGGUCAGGUUUGUAGGGACCACAUUGUCUUUCUUAGUACUAGUUGCUAUGUUCUGUGCUUAGGUAAGCUCUCAUACAGGUAAGAUACAUAAGGAACACACAUAACGAAGAGGGUUGUUGGCUCCUUAAUCCUUAAAUUUGUUUGCUAAAACUUGCUUAAUGAAUUAGGAUUUGGAUUAACCCCUCUAUUGCUGUUGUGAUCAUAGAAGUAUUAUAAAGCAGAGCUUUUUACUAUGCCAAUAGCAGUAAAAAGGUUGAGCUAAAUCAGAAUUCAGAAACAAGUUUUAGCAAUCGGUGAGGCCUAAGGAGGCAGCAACCCUCUUAUUUACGCUGACAAGUUGCGACCAUUGUUUCUUAUGACGUUUCCUUUAACAUUGGUAGAUGCAGUGUGCCUAGCAGGGUCGUUCAGAAUUUAAAACACACAUAUGAUUAAUAGUGUUUAUUGGGGUGUAUCAGCUGUUGGUUUAUCUUCAGAUUCAUUGGAAGGCUAAUGCUCCCCAUAGACGCGACGAUUCUUCUUGCCGAACGACCGAUUUUAGGGAAGUCCAACCAAUCCUUCGAAAUUAUCGUGCGGUUAGUGGGAUUCGAACGAUCGUACAUCUUACGAUUUUUCUGUCAGGAAAUUGAUCGGCCAGGUCAAAAAAAAUCUUAGUCGGCCCCAGUGUAAUCUAUCUAUGUUUGUAGGGCCAAGCAGGCAGCUCCCCUUUGUUUUCCUGGCAAAUUGGUCUUUUUAGUUGAUGGUAAAUUCGUACGAUCGUUCUGAGAAGA